AUGGGGAGAGAUGUACUCAAUGUUGCUGAGUCGUUUAACUCCUGGAUCAGGGAAGCACGCCAUUUGCCAAUAUGUAACAUGGUGGAUUCUAUCAAGUUCAAGAUGAUGAACAUGAUGUGCGAUCGAUGUGAACACUGCCAGACAUGGGACACUUACCUUUGCCCCACGAUCCACAAGAAGAUUAAGGAUGUAGUUGAGGAGAGCAAGGCUUUGGUCGUAGGUUGUUCGGAUGGGGAACAUUUUGAAGUGAUUGAUAACCAAAGCAAUUAUGUUAAUCUGCACGAAAGAGAAUGUUCUUGUCGCAGGUGGCAGGUUUAUGGUCUCCCGUGUAAGCAUGUGUGUGCUGCAAUCAUGCUGACCGAUACAAAUGUGCACCGCUUCAUUGAAAGAUACCACACUGUCAACUUAUUUCAAGAGGCUUAUGGCAAUCAGAUUUUCCCUAUUCCAGAUCAUGAUAAACUAAGGGAUGACAACCGCGUGCUCCAACUUUGGCUACCCAUUGCCAAGAAAAAGCCAGGCAGGCCGAGACGUCGAAGGAUUGAGUCACAAGCAUUUGGGGUACAAGAAUUAUGA